AUGGCGACCAACAAUAUGCACAAUCUUACGACACUCAUCAGAGAACAAAAAGACAAGGACCCCCAACAAGCCGAGUGGGUUCAUAGCUUUUAUCAGGUUUUCCGCGACCUGGCCGAUUACGUCAAGCAGUACUUUCCGAACGGUAUACCUUGGAAUCCGAAAGGACAGCCUGCCCAGGAGGUGGCCAAAACUUUGGUUACAGCCUUGUCAACGACAGCGACACCGCCCCCUCCCCCUCCCCCCGGCGGCUUGCCGCCGCCGCCGCCGCCGCCGCCUGGCCCGCCUCCUGUACUGGACCUGAGUAAUGGGGAAGCUCCUGCUUCAGGUCAGGAAAGGGGAGGCCUUGAUGCUGUCUUUUCCGAGCUCAACAGAGGAGAUGCCGUGACCAAGGGCCUCCGAAAGGUUGACAAAUCGGAGAUGACUCAUAAGAACCCAUCUCUACGAGCUUCCUCCAGCGUUGUCCGAGGCAAGAGCCCAGCCCCUGGAAAGAAGCCAAAGCCCGAGAGCAUGCGCAGCAAAAAGCCACCCAGGAAGGAGCUUGACGGAAAUAAGUGGACAAUUGAGAACUACGACAAAGAACCACAGCCGAUUGAGAUCGAAGCGUCCAACAACCAUUCUUUGUUGAUUAGCAGAUGUAACAACACGACGAUCAUCAUUAAGGGUAAGGCCAACGCCGUCACCAUUGAGAACUCCAAUCGCCUAUCGUUGAUUGUCGACUCUCUCAUCUCCACGGUGGAUGUAGUCAAGUCACAGAAUUUUGCCUUGCAAGUCAUGGGAGUUAUCCCUACGGUCAUGAUGGACCAGAUCGAUGGUGCCCAGAUUUACUUUAGCAAGGAGAGUACAUCCACCAAGAUCUUUACGAGCAAGUCGUCAGGUGUCAAUCUGAACGUCAUUUCGGGUCCUGAUGGCGAUUCGAAGGAAGUCCCACUGCCCUAUCAGAUUUGCUCUUACUAUGAUGAGGAGAAGGACGACCUUGUAAACGAGAUAGUGUCACACGCCGGUUAG